AUGUCCGACCACCACCUCGCCGGCGAGCACCACUCCUCCCCGGCGAGCACCGCCACCACGGCCCUCGGAACCCUGCUGCUCCUGCCGUCGGAGCUCCUCCACGAGAUCCUCAUCCGCCUCGCGCUCCCGGAGCUGCUCCGCGUCCGCUCCGUCGCCCGUCCCCUGUCCCACCUCAUCUCCUCCCCGGACUUCCGCCGCUUCUACCACCUGUCCUCCGUCUCGUCCGGCCCCGCCCCGGCCGCCGCGUGGCUCCUCGUGUUCAAGAAGCUCCCGCCCCGCGGCGCCGCGCUACGGGGCUUCCACGGGCCGUCCGGCCGCUGGUUCCGCAUCCCCGUCGCGGACAUCAUCUCCCCCGCCGUGCCCCCGGGAGAGGACCUCUACUUCCUUGCCGCCUCCGGCAGCUCCUUCCUGUUCGCCGCCAACGGCCGCCGCGAGCUCGUGGUAGUUGACCUCUCGGCCCAGUCCGCCCGCCGGCUCCCGCCGUCCCCGCUCGGCCCCCGCGGCACCUCGUCCUGGCGUCGCUUCGGCCUCAAGCUCGUGGCCGAUCCCCCCGGAUCAAGCCAGUUUAGGUACACGUCCUUUUCUUUCGGAGGACUCUGGAAAUCCUCUUUUAUUUUCUUUGUAAAAGGCAGCACUAACCUUGACGAUGACGAUACGUUUCAUCUUUCUUUCUUUCUUUUUUCUCUCCCAAGGUUUCUCUUCGCCGAGAUGGUGAACAACACGCCCGUUCUCUUCGAGUACCAGUCUGACACCGACGCGUGGCAAUCAUCGGAGGCGGUGCUGGCAAAUGGUCCCGCCGCACCGGCAGGCCCCGACGGGGACGGCACGUACCUGUGCGCUGCCCACGCCGGGCCGGACUGCGUGAUGGUGUACUCAGGACCGGGCGUGGACAGACCGGUCUUCUUCCGCCCGCGGUUCCCGCACAACCCGAACGCCGGCGGCCACGGCGAUCGGCUCCACGUGUACGGCGACGGCAGCGCCGUGGUGGUCCGAUCAACGGUGGUCGACGAACCGAGCCGGACUCGGGUGAAGUUGGUGGCGGGCGUGGACCUGUACGGGCUCGGGCCGGAGGUGGGAGGCGACUGGCAGCUGGUGUCCACGGUGCCGGGCGAGCUGAUCGAAGGGUUCAGGAAGCCGUACGCCGUGAUGACGGGGCUGCUGGCGGAGAGGGAGGGCGUCUUGAGGCUGGUGCUCAUCUCCAACUGCAGGGGCGCGUGGGACCUGGUGUGGCUGUCGUACGACCGCGCGCGCGGCGAGUGGAGGUGGGUGCCGGUGCCGGACUGGGGCGGCGCCAAGGGCCUCAACAUGGCCGGCAUCGCCGUGUCGUCCACCUUCUCUCGUCUCUGGCCGCCGGCGCCUACCAUCUGCCGCUGA